UUUGCUUACCUGACCAGCAACCUACGGUAGCCGAAAUCGAGUGACUGUAAAACACACGACACUUGUUGGAAUUACUUGAACAGAGGCGAGUGUAAAUAACGGUUCGAUUGAAGUGAAAAUUUACAACAUGCACAGGUCUUAUCAAUCUGUUUUACCGACGGCAAACAAACUUUUACAAUGGAGGUGGGACACAACCUACUAUAACGAACAUCGUAGAAAAGUACAUUCGGCAGCACCCAUGGUGGACACCAAGGCACCACCGACUUACAUGCAUUUACAUCUGAAACUGAAAAAACUACAGCUUGAAGAGGAGCGACUGGCCACGAUAGAACGAGACAAUAGAAUUCUUUUGGAAAAAAUGUCAUAUAUAAUGCGGACACGAGGCCGCGUGGACAACAGAAAUAACUACGAGUACAAGAGCCUGAACCGUGAGAAGCGCCAGCGUGAGCUGCUGCGCGUGACGCGUGAGAACCAGGAGAUUCUGCGCAGGAUAACGAUGCGCCAGCCGGAGUACAGCGCCAAGAAGUGGCAGGAGGACUGGGAGGAGAACCAGAAGUUCAUGGACAGCAUCUCACACUUCCCCAAGGACUGGUGGCUUGACAACGACAGGAACAGACGAUCACAGCGAAGUGCUCGAUCAGCCCGACGUGAGAAGAGUCCAGGCUCUAAGGGAGACACGCAGAGGGAGAAAGACGAAAAGAAGGAUUCGGCGAAACUGGCCAAAGAGAGCGACUCGAAUAAGGACAAGUCUGCCCCAGCGAAGAAAGUUGAUUCGUCUAGAGAAAGCGAGGACACUAAACACGACGAGAGCACAACGAAAGAUAGCACGAGAGAUACCACGAAAGAUACCACAAGAGAUACCACGAAAGAUACCACAAAUGACAGCACGAGGGACACGACAAGAGAUGAUGACACGAGAGAUAAAAGUGAGACUGAAUCGUUGGAGAAAGAGACAGUCAAGGGCUAGUGAAUCGUACAGUAUUCAGUACGGGACAGUCGGGCUUACAAUCAUUUUGGGGCAUCAGUCCACAUUCAUUUCAUGGAUUGUUGCAAUCUUGUUUAGAAAAUAUUGAUUUUUUAUUUUUUUUAUUCAAUUUUUAUUUUUAAUUAAUUAAUUUUUAUUUUUUUUAUUACAGUCCCAACAAUCAGUGGCUGCACUCUGUUGCAUGUGCUUAUUUCAGUCUUUAAAUAAUUGGGCUAAAAUAAUGCAAUACUUUGUUUUGCCUGAUCAGUCUAUAAAUAAUUUUAUGAAUGAAUUUUUGUUUUUGUCCAGAUACCUGAUUUAAAAAAAGAAAGUGUUUUAAGUGUAAAUUGGUACUUUGUACUAAUUUUCUUUUAUAUUUCUGUGUUGUUGAGCAUUUGUUUUUGUUUGUUUGUUUGUUUGUUUUUUUAUUUUAUCUAGACGAACUAUAUUUUUGGAUUUCGGAAAACCAUAUUUCUUUUUUUAAGUGUGAAAGCCUAUUCCAUGUUCUGUUUAGGGUCAAAUAAAAUCUUGUGGGUUGGGGGGGAUGUAAUAUAACCACAAUAAUAUACUUGUAUGUCAGCCAGAGCCCGUUUAUCCCAGUAGCACAUGUAGCACGUCCUACGGGCCCCUUGCGUCAGGGGUUCCCGCGGUGAUGUGUACAUUUAUUUUCACCAGGUCAUUUCCACCCCUCUCCCUGAGGGGGUUGCAAAAUAUAUAUUCUGGGAAUGGGGCCCUCAGAUCCAUACACUGGCUCUGAUGUCAGCCACAUUCUCUUUAUG